UUGGAAUAGCAAGACUUCAACAAGUUACGAAAUGACAUUUAUACAAUAUAUGCUAUCAAAUAACUUCUAAUUUUAAGAGUUUAUUUCAAAUUUUAGCUACUUCUGCUUCUGCGUUGCUAAAGAGCUUUUGUCAUUUCCUUUCAAACGGCAAAUAUCAUUACGAUACAGCAAUGCUAAUAACCCGAAAUCAGAUAUGUCGCAAUGAACGUGCAGCGAUGUGUGACACCCUGGGUUUAGCUGAGUUGGGUACUGUUUGUAAGCGGCACUCCUGCUCAAUUGUACAGGACAAUGGAUUACCAGCUGCUUUUACCAUUGCACAUGAACUAGGUCAUAUUUUAAAUAUGCCGCAUGAUGAUGACGAUCGUUGCAAAAUGUUUAAUAAGCUGGGAACAAAAAGAAAGCAUAUUAUGUCAAGUGUGAUGGGUAAAGAUAUUCACCCUUGGUCCUGGUCGGAUUGUUCACGUUAUUAUGUAUCAGAAUUUCUAGAAAAAGAAGAUACAUCAUGUUUAGAGGAUACACGUACCGUAUCAAUUAAAAAUUACAACACCAAAUUACCUGGUGAGAUAUAUUCAUUGGAUCAGCAAUGUCAGUUAAUAGACGGCAGAGACUAUGUAUUUACAAAUAGAGGAGAUGAAUGCAAGCAAUUGUGGUGCAUCUUUAAAGGGAGUUAUUAUUCAAGUAAUUUACCAUGGGCUGAUGGUACUCCCUGCCGAAACAAUCGUUAUUGGUGCCAAAAAGGUGAAUGCGUUUCUCGUGAGGGAAAUACGCUACAAGUUGUUAAUGGAGGAUGGGGUCAUUGGAGUUCAUUUACACCAUGUAGUUUAACAUGUGGAGGGGGGGUGCAAGAAUCUCAACGUGAGUGCAAUAAUCCACUUCCCAGAAAUGGGGGGAAGUAUUGCGCCGGUAGUCGUAAAAAGUACCGCUCAUGUAAUGCACAAAGUUGUCCUCCCGGUUCUAUGGACUCACGAGAACAGCAAUGUUACGAUAUGAAUGGACGAGAUUUGAGUAUCAAAGGUGUUAGAACACCAGCAAAAUGGAUACCCAAAUAUGGGCUUUCUUUAAAGGAUAAAUGCAAACUGUUUUGCCGUCUCGAAGACAAUAGUGCAUACUUUCAACUUUCUGAUAAGGUAAAAGACGGAACAACAUGUUCCUUUGACAGUUUUGAUAAGUGUGUAAAUGGCAUUUGCCGUCCAGCAGGUUGCGACAAUGAACUUAAUUCGCUCGCCAAACUAGAUAAAUGUGGCGUAUGUGAAGGAAAUAAUGAUACAUGUGAGGAUUAUACCGGAAAUUUUUAUGUGUCUGAUCUGCAUAAACUACAACCAAAAAAAAAUUCACAUUUUUAUUAUGUCACAACAAUACCAAAAGGUACUUUAUGAAAACAAUAAUAUUAG